AUGCUCUUUCAGAAAGCAUUCCUGGAUCUCAUCCUUCGCAGUGAGGGGGACGACCCUGAGGUUGUGGAAGAAGAGUCGGCCUGCAAUCCUCUCAGCCCAUUGACGCCGGGAUGCUCUGCCAUGCUCGGGUUGGCGAUAACUGGGAUUCUCCUCGCUAUAUUGCUACUUUUCGGGCUGCCGCUCUAUAUGCGUUAUCGAGCGCACCGCGCAAAGCAAGCCCGGCUCGACGCCCCCCAAUCGCGCUUCACGACUGUUCCCAUUCGCUCAAAGCACUCGCGUCCGCUUAACAACACAUCUGCCAAGCACUCGGACGCUAUGCCGCCGGGCUUUGGCUUCGGAUCCGCGCAGCCGUACCUCGCAAUCACUAUCGAGAAGACGCAGGGCGGGCUGUCGCCGAUGCUGACGAGCCAGCAUACUGGCCAGCUAGCCGCGCCGCCUGCGGCCCAGGUGCGCGACGGGUUUCCUACGGCACCUUCGUACGACAACCUUGCGUACUACAACGAGAAGUUGCCUGGAUAUGUUGUCGAGGACAGGGUCUGA